AUGGCUCCAGUGGGAGGUGCCUCGCAGUUCGACCAAGCGGCCUUGCAACGUCGUCAGGCUCUCCAGGGCUCGUCUGGUCCAGCGGCUCUCGUUAAAAAUGCUAGAGUAUUUGGCAUUGCGUGUUUUGCAUGCUUGGGAGGUUUGCUCUAUGGUUAUAAUCAAGGAGUCUUCUCCGGAGUCCUGACCAUGACCUCGUUCGACAACCAUAUGGGAGUCUGGGUCUCCGACUCGAGCAAGAAAGGCUGGUUGACGGCAAUUCUGGAGCUUGGAGCCUGGAUCGGUACACUAUACUCCGGUUUCCUCGCGGAGAUCAUCUCUCGCAAAUACGCCAUCCUCGUCAACGUCGGCGUCUUCAUCAUUGGUGUCAUCGUGCAAUGCACUGCAGUGACUGGUGUCGGUGCAAGCGCGAUCCUUGGUGGACGAUUCGUCACUGGUAUGGGCGUUGGUUCGUUGAGUAUGAUCGUGCCCAUGUACAACGCCGAGGUCGCUCCUCCUGAAGUUCGUGGUGCUCUGGUCGGUCUUCAGCAGCUGGCUAUUACGACUGGUAUCAUGAUCAGUUUCUGGAUCGACUAUGGAACCAAUUACAUCGGAGGCACGGGUGAAGGCCAACACGACGCUGCCUGGUUGGUGCCUCUUGCCCUGCAGCUGGCCCCAGCUGUUCUCCUCGGGGUGGGCAUGAUCUUCAUGCCCUUCAGCCCUCGCUGGCUCGAGCACCACGGCCGCGAGACCGAGGCGAGGAAAACGCUCGCAAGUCUUCGCGGACUCUCACAAGACCAUGAACUCGUCGAGUUGGAAUACCUGGAGAUCAAGGCCCAGUCGCUGUUCGAGAAGCGUUCGACCGCCGAACGUUUCCCAGAUUUGGCCGAUGGGUCUGCUUGGAGCACCGUCAAGCUGCAGUUCAUUGCUGUUGGAUCACUUUUCAGGACGAUGCCAAUGUUCCGUCGUGUCAUUCUUGCUACUGUGACCAUGUUCUUCCAGCAGUGGACCGGGAUCAACGCUAUCCUUUACUACGCGCCUCAAAUUUUCAAGGGCCUGGGGUUAUCAUCGAACACAACCUCUCUACUUGCCACUGGUGUCGUGGGUAUUGCCAUGUGGCUUGCAACAUUCCCAGCAGUAGCCUACGUCGACAAGCUCGGACGAAAGCCAAUCCUCGUCUCAGGGGCCAUCGGCAUGGCAACCUGCCACAUCAUUAUCGCCGUCAUCGUGGCCAAGAACCAAGAUUCAUGGGCAUCCCAUUCUGCCGCCGGCUGGGCUGCCGUAGCGAUGGUCUGGUUGUUCGUGGUGUUCUUCGGGUACUCAUGGGGUCCGUGCGCUUGGAUUGUUAUUGCUGAAAUUUGGCCAAUUUCGCAACGACCUUAUGGAAUCGCCCUUGGAGCUUCAUCUAACUGGAUGAACAACUUUAUUGUGGGGCAGGUAACCCCGGACAUGCUCACUGGAAUGACUUACGGCACGUACAUCCUCUUCGGACUACUGACAUUCGGCGGAGCAUUCUUCAUUUGGUGGUUCUUCCCAGAAACCAAAGGCCUAUCCCUCGAAGAAAUGGACGUACUGUUCGGCUCCAUUGGAUUCGCUGCCGCAGACGCCGAACGUAUGCGUGAGAUCAACCGCGAGAUCGGUCUGGAGGAGGUCGUGCGUAGCGGCAGUACUGUCGAUGCCGUUGAUGUGUUCGAUGAGAAGAAGGGGGCUAAGCACCAGGAGACUGAGAGUCAGUAA